UCAUGACAUUGAAAUGUUCACUAUUUUUUGAGAAAAACUUCACAGCUGUUUCUGGGUCUUUUGGUGAUGGCAACAGGUGAGUCCUUAGAUUACAUACCUCAAGGGCAUCUGAGCAGGCCAGUGGCACACCUCUGUAAUCCCAGAGGCUCAGGAGGCUGAGGUGGGAGGCCAGCUUCAGCACCUUAGCAAAACUCUAAGCAACGUAGUGAGUCCCUGUCUCAAUGCAAAAUAAAAGGUGCUAAGGAUGUAGCUCAGUGGUUAAGCACCUGAAUUCAGUCCCGGUACCAAAGGCGGGGGGGCAUGUGAGCACGCUCUAUUGGAGUGUAUAGGCUUCAGCGUGUGUUUAGGAGCUCGCGACUUUAUAGAAAGCUUGAAAGAGGUGACUGAAUGCUGUGCUGUGCUGGGAACCAUGACAGAGCGCCGGGGCUGCUUUCUAGAAGCUCCCCAGAGGCACCUCGCGCACCCCACCUCCCAGGAUCUGUUUGCUCUGGACCAUUAGCUUUUGCCUGAGUGUGUGUUACAUGAUCUGGCAGAAGAGUGACUCCUGUUUGGGCCAUCUGUGGGAGGCUACCCCACAGAUGAAGCAGCUGUCUGUCAGGGCCUUUCAUGAGGCACCCAGCGACAUGUGCUUCUCUAAAUCCUGGGACAAAGGACUCCUGGCUAUGUCCAAGCACAUCUUCCUCAGCACAACCCUCGGUAUGGGGCCAGUGCAGCUCUUGGCCUCUGUCUGUCCUUGCUGGUGUCCCUCAGGCCUAGGCAGGGUCCCAGGACCACAUGUACUCCAAACACAAGACAGGUUCUCGACCCCUCUGCUAGAGAGCACUUUUUACUUUAAAACCAGGCCCAAGUUCUCCACUUACCAAGUAGGGUAAUCGCACUGUGCUUCUUGUCCUGGGAAGGUAAGGCGGGGAGCAUUUCAUGGGGUCACUGUGAACGCAGACCUCCACAGACGAGGCGCUCACGGAGGAAAUCCAGUCUUCUCUUGGCCUCUGUGGGAGCCAUCCUCUGACCUUGUCCCAGAGCCACAUGUAUGGGAGGUCACAGAUGUCCUACACUGUGCUCAACAUGGCACCUACACAUAGUGAGAACUGGGAGGAGGCAGCCAGCUGCUACAUUAGAAAGGCUUAUUGUGGCUUCCAGGCCCAUCUGUCCAAACAAAAUACUAAGACUUCUGAAAACAUCACAGUGAAAUUCUGGUUCUUGUUGGAUUUUACAGCCUUGGGCCACAGGAACCCCUGACGUGAUGCAGGGAACCUUGCAUUCACUAGAGGGUCUCUGGAGCGUGAUAUGCUAGCACCAGGGCUUGAUUGACUCCUUUAAUUACCAGGAGAGUCAGCGAGGUGCCCCCUGCUACACCCAGCAUGGCUGAGAUGAGAAGGCCAACAGUGCCAUGCCCAGGAGUAUGUGGCCACGGACACCCACAUUACUGGUGCUGACACCAGCCCUGGGCACCUUGGAGAAUGCUUGGGCAGUACCUAAUGUGGGCAAGCACACCCCAUGCCCAGCCUUGAGUGCUCUCCAGGCCUGUCCUUCAGUAUUUACUCAUCAGCUUGUGUGUCCACCGCCAGGUGAAGAGGAAAAGACAUCACACAGCAAUAAACAAAAGAACAGGCAGCAUCGGGCAUCUCAGACAAAGGGUUGCGUGCUGCGUGCCCCCUCCGGGAGGUCCUGACACCAGGGAACCCUGCCCACCACGUAGCAGCAACAAGGGGUUGACUGCAGAGGGUGUGAGGGAAGGGCGAGAGUGCCGUGUGUGGGGUUAGGGCUCCACAUCCUGGUCUUCAGGGUCCCUGCUCAGGUAUGACCAGCUGUGUAUGUUUCACUGCUUACAAACUAUACUAUAAAUAUGUCCACAUCCUUAGAUAUGAAGGUGGGCAUCAAUGGUAUUUCUCAACUUGUGAAAUCACAUGAAGUCCAUUGUGGAACACAGCCACACGUACGCUAUGCUGCAGGGACAGUGGGGCAGAGAUGGUCUGGCCGGCGAGCCUGAGGAGCUCUGCUCACCACCUAACAUCCCCUGCCUGUGAAUGUGACUUCAUUGGAAACAGGGUCUGUGCAGGUUUACUCAAGUAAAAUGGGGUCAGUGCUAGAUCAGAGUGGGUCUCAAAGUCAGCGGCCAGUCUUUAGAGAAAGAGUUUAGGCUCCAGUACCUCCAAAGCAGACACGCAGGGAGGGUGACUUUGAGAAGAGCCAGGAGCUGGGAACUCUGAAGGAGUCUCCCUGCCUGCACCCUGGCCCCAGGCUCUGUCCUGUGGGCUGUGAACGGAUCCCUGCUGCUGCUGCUGCUGCUUUGUUCUUGGUGAUUCUUGGGACAUCGGUGAGGGCUCUACGUCUACCAUCCCCUCUGACCCUUUGGGAGUGCAGAGGAGUGGCCCACGUCCCUUCUGUCUCAGCACUGUGUCUCAGCCCCGCACAGUCUGCAGUGAGCUGUGGCAGACUGAACGCUCCCAGGGAGUGCCUCGGUUGAGGCCUGGCCCGCGGGCUCACCCUGCCGUGGCUGCGGAGAAAGAGCCGCUGCCCUAGGACCCUGUUCAGUUGAGGAAGCAUGACAGAAGUAUCUGUGAAUGCUAACCCUGUGCCCUGCUCUGUCCUGUCUGAAGGCUCUCUAUGAAAACAUGCUGGUGGAGCUGCCCUUUGCCGGCUUCUUCCUCUCCAAGCUGCUGGGCACCAGUGCCGAUGUGGACAUCCACCAUCUGGCCUCCUUGGACCCCGAGGUCUACAGGAACCUGCUGUUCCUCAAGAGCUACGAGGAGGACAUGGAGGAGCUGGGGCUGAACUUCACCGUGGUGAACAACAACCUGGGAGAGGCCCAGGUGGUUGAACUCAAGCUUGGUGGGAAGGAUAUCCCCGUCACCAGUGCCAACCGCAUCGCGUACAUCCACCUGGUGGCAGACUACAGGCUGAACAAGCAGAUCCGCCCACACUGCCUGGCUUUCCGACAGGGCCUGGCUAACGUCAUCAGCCUGGAGUGGCUCCGAAUGUUCGACCAGCAGGAAAUUCAGGUAUUAAUUUCUGGUGCACAAGUUCCCAUAAGUCUGGAGGACCUAAAAUCCUUUAUGAACUAUUCAGGUACGUUUAAUUUGCAUUGCUCAAACACUGGAGUGCUAGUCAGGUACCUGCCUGUAAUCCCUGCUCCUCAGGAGACUGGGGCAGGAGGAUCUCAAGAUCCAGACCAACCUGUGCAACUUGCAGGACCCUGCCUGUCUCAGAAAGGGCUGGGGCUGACUAUUAAAGCACCCCUGGGCUCGAUCCCCAGCACCAAAAAGAAAGACAAGACUACAGAGUGCUGGACACAGUGCCUGGCGAAAGCCUCUUCCUGUCCCCUUGUCCCUGGGCUUCUUUGCCUCUUCAUAUCCUCCCUCCGUAAGUUUCCAUUUGUGAGCAUUUGCUGUUUUUUUUUUUAGGGGGGUGUUGCUGGGGAUGGAAGGGGGAACCCAGGGUCCCCGUGUGGGAGGCAAGCUCCCCCUGAGCCCCACCCCAGACGUGCUUCCAGUCUUUUGCUGUUAAAAGCAGUGCUGGGUCUGGCGCACGGGGGCACACCUGGGACGUCCCAGCUGGGCAACACCUGUCUCCACUUGAGAGCUAGAGGCUGGGGCUGUGGCUGUGGCUGAGAGGUGCAGCACCAAGAAACAAAUAGGCUCACCCCCAUGCACACAAGCACACUGAUAAUGAUGACUGAGAAUUAGCCUUAAUAAAGAGACUUUUUUCCCCCUAUGGUGCUGGGGAUUGAACCCAGGUCCUUGUGCGUGCCGGGCAAGCACUCUACCACUGAGCCACGACUCAAGUACUCACCCUCCAGGUUUUGUUAGAGUAUUGUAGUCAUACACAGUAAUUGAGUUUGUCCUGACAAAAUUGUACAUGCAUGGAAUUUGAUUUCACUUCACAAUCCUCCCACAACACUAUUUACUUUCUGAUUAAAUUAAAUGUAUACCUUUCUCCUUUUUAAGAAAAUGAAAAGGCACAAAUGAGUCAAAAAUGUUCAGAAUACAUAUAUCUGAAAAGGAAUUUGGACCUAGAGUAUAUUUUUAAUAUUCUGUAAGUUCAUUGAGUGGGCAAAAUCCCACUUAUACAAAUGGGCAAAAAGCCUUAAACCUCUACUUCCCCAAGAAGGCACAUGGCCCUAGGCCCGUGGAGAGUCCUCCGACAUCCUGAGUGUUACAAGUUCCUGGGUUUUGCUUUGCUUUCUUUUGUUUAAGCCCUGUGUAUACUCAGCAAUAGUUGAAAGAAAAAGAAAAAGGUCGCCCUUAAUGCAGGAUUUUACACAAUCACUGUGGUGUUGGUGUGGUCUUCCAUUGUACUUCAUUACUCUAGUACUGUGUGAGCUUGUGUUUAUAGCAGAUAUUCUGGGAUUUUGUGUGUUUGUGUAACAUCAGUAGUAAAAACGUGUUUCUGCGCUGUCCCUGUUGGUGCAGUUGAUCUGGUGUAUUUGACCUCAGAGCACAGUGAGUGUGUCCCUGCCUGUCGUCAUUUGUCUCUGUAGAAGUUAGGCGCGAGGUGGAGGAUUGCUCUCCACAGGGUGUGCGCAUCCCGGGAGGUGAACUGCAAGUGGGUCUGGCUCGCGCCAGCCCCUGACCAGGCCGAGCACACCCUCUGCCCUUGCAGCCCUUCCUCACCUGGACACCAGGCUCAAUGGGAGUGUGAAAGGGGCGGGCACUGUGAGCCACCCAUCCCUAUUGUCAUGGGCCCUGACACGUUGAGUACUUUAUGUGGCUCUUAGAAAACA